AUGGACAAUUCCACCGUUCCUUCUCGCCGCGUCAGGUUCAUGAAGAUCAUCUCUUUAGGAUCCAAUAUCGGUAGCGGAGUUUUCAUUGCCACUGGAAAAGCCCUUGCCACAGGAGGCCCGGGUAAUAUGGUCAUCGCCUAUACUAUUGUCUGCACCAGUGUUUGGGCUGUUCUGCAGUCUUUGUCUGAAAUGACAAUCGCAUUCCCGGUAUCCGGAAACUACAUCGACUAUGCUGAUCGUUGGGUUGACCCUGCUUUGGCUUUUGGUGCUGGAUUUGCAGAGUGGCUAGGAUGGACAGCAAUCGUUGCCUCCGAAGCAGGGUUCUUCAAUGUCUUAGUUCAAUACUGGUCGGAAGGAUCUAUGCCACUGGCUGCUACUAUCUCCAUCUUUCUCUUCGCCUGCUUGGUCAUCUUCACUCUCCCAAAUAAAGUCUUUGCUUGGUUCGAAUACGUGACGUCGCUUAUCAAGAUUGUGGUUUUUCUCAUCAUCAUUGUCCUUUCUCUGGCACUGGUACUGGGUGCUGGCCCCAACGGCUAUAUGCACCACGGAGACACUUGGAAAACUCUACCCGCAUUCCUCAACGGCUUCUCUGGCUUUGCAAACUGUGCCCUCCUCGCUGUAUGGGCCGUCGGUGACCAAGUUUUCAUCGGUAUCAUGGGAGGCGAAGCCGAAAGCCCACGUUUCUCAAUGGGACACGCCACAAAGCUCGUUCCAUUCCGAGUCAACUUCAUCUACGUGAUCAGUGUUGUAUUCAUUACACUUCUCGUUCCAUCGGAUGACGAUCGCCUCCUAGGUGGUAGUGGAGUUGCAGCUUCGCCUUUCAUCAUCGCAGUCCAGGACUCCGGGAUUCCUGGAAUUUCUUCUCUCUUGAAUGCUGGAAUGAUAUGCGGUGUUAUUGCGGUUGCGGCGGAGGCCGUCUAUCUCUCAUCUAGGGUGUUGAGAACUAUGGCUCAUCAAAAGCUUAUCUGGGAAGGUCUUGCCCGUGUGGACGUUAGAGGACGCCCGAGACUCGCCUUGAUUGUCACUUCGAUCGUGGCGGUUUUACUGUCAUAUAUUCAGAUUGCAGCUGGUGGCCUGACCGUUUUGAACUGGCUCAUUGCGAUCACAAGUGCCUCAUUCUUCGCUAAUUGGAUAAUUAUCUGCUUCGUCAACUGGAAGUUCCACCGUGCGCUUAAGGCACAGAAUGACCCGCUAUUUACAGAGCUCUAUGCAUGGAAGUCAUCACUGUGGCCCCUUGCACCGGUAUGGCUUACGCUAAUCUCGUUAUUCCUAUUGGGUGGCAAUGGGUUCGCCGUAUCGAACUUCUUCCAGAAUAUCCUUGGACUCCUGUUAAUUUUCGGCUUCACUAUCGGGUACAAGAUCAUUUUCAGAACACCUUGGCGAAAUCCAAAAACUGCGGAUCUAAGUACUGGUCGACGAUCCUUGAGCGCUGAUGAGAUUUCUAUGCUGGAUAACUACUACAGACAACCUCCAUGGAGGAGGUUCCUUACCUAUGUACAGCUAUGGUAG